AUGCCACAAAUCGUCCACCCAGACAUCGUCCGCCCAGCUCUCGGUGCCGAAGUACCUAUCGGCACAAUCUACGAUGCAAAGCGCGACCAAUUUCUUCCAGCUUCAGGACUGCCUCCCACACCACCAGAAGGGGCCAUCUUGGUCUCUCCUUACCCGAUAGAACGGCAACAUGAAAUCACUAGCUCGAUCGGAUCAAGCCAUGCAGCGAGGUUCGCUGCAAUGGGUAUCGACCCGAACCUCGCAGCAAGCGUCCUCUCUGGCUUGAUCACUCCUCAAGGAUCCGGUACCUUCUUGAUGGAUGGUACUUCCGAGAAGGAUAUUCUCUAUGGCGCCGUCCGUCACAUUUACAAUACUUGUGAAGAGCGGCUCAAUCUUUCGCCAGACCUCCUAGACAUGAUAGCAUACAGCACGCCUUCCAUCACAGAUCAUCGCGGCACCUACAUUGUCGUCGGAGUUACCUACGGACUUCAGAGCAUCAUCACCAUGAAGCAUCACGUCAAAGACCCUUCCAAUAAGGAGAAUGUGGUGAACCUCUUCCAGCAUGAUUUACAAGCGGUACACGAGAUCGCGAAGGCUCGCCACUCCUACGACUUCAGCGACAAUACAGUCAACAGACGACUGGCGCUCGAAUACGAACUGAAGCUAUAUACCGAUGUGCAGCGUGAGUACGGUAUAAACAAGCAAAGCCUUGCGCUCUUGUUUACGUUUCUUCAGAAAGGCCCCCAACAGAUCCGAGCGGGCGACGGUGGGAAGGGAUACCCAAUCACAUACAGCAUGCUUUCAGUACAACUGCUGAAAGGGCUUUUUCCUGGAGCACCAGCACUUCCGAGUUUUACGCCUACGAACGUCACAGACAUAGAUCCGAUGCUCGAUAUCGUUGAUCGGUUCAAUGAAGGCAAAAGCAAGCUCGAAGACUACAAGCUGUUCAUCCAGGGAAACAAGCAUUAUAUACCGUAUACCCAUGUCGAAGACGUUGAUAAUGCGGUCUUUCAGAUCUCUGAAGCCCUGGAAAGGUUUAAGAACGCCCUUCAACAAGUUAUCAUCGGUGUAAGAGAUGGCACCAUGGAUGACCGUUGCCUGCAUGAGAUUUAUGCGAGGGUCGGGUCUCAUCCUGAGCAGUGUUCUAUGAUCGCAGGCCAGCAAAGCGACAAGAUCAAUUUCAUCAAAGAGGCUACAGACCAUGGUGCUACAUACAUCGGCUUCAACGGACUUUCCACCAAGCAGAUGAGCCUUCCUCAUGAUGGUCCUGUGCCAUAUGCUUUCGAAAUCAGCAAUGCUGCCAUGAAGAUCUCGACAUCGUGGAAUGCGCAGCGCGAGGCUUUUAUGGAGUUCUUAUUAAAGCCCAGUAGACGCUGUCAGGUCUACAUCAUCGAUUGCGACGCACCAUUAGAGUACAAGCAUCUAGAUGGCGCUCUAUUCGGCAAGGUUGAAAGAAAGAUUGAGGCGCCAAUUCCACGCUUGGAGCGGAAUCGUUCCAUGAUGGAGCGCGACGAGCCAGAAAUCAAACCGGAGCCUCAAGCGCACUCUUACCAGUACGAAGAGGGUACUCGCGGCCAUUUGUUCAACCGACAUUCUUCCAGCUACCCCCACGAAGUCUUGACGAGGCCCGACCGACCUGUUUAUUACAACAUCUUGGUUUUGGGCGAAACGGGUGUAGGGAAGUCGACAUUCAUCAACGCUUUGUACAACUAUCUCAAGUUCGAUAGCUUCAAUGAGGCCAAGAUCCGAUCGGCCAGGAAGCUUGAAUACGUGGUUCCUUGCCACUUUGAGUUCAAUGCACCGAGUCCAUAUGAUCCAUACGACUCUGUACGCAAGGUUAUCCGCGUCGGUCAUAACGAUCGCGAGCGAAACGGCAUUCCUGGCAAUUCUGCGACACAACAGACAUCUGUCUAUGACAUGCCAUACAAAGGCAUCACAUAUCGCAUCUUUGAUACCCCUGGCAUCGGCGACACGCGAGGCCCAGAGCAAGACAAGGAAAAUGUUCGAGGUAUCAUGGCCCUAUUGAGGAACUACGAGGAGUUACAUGGCAUAUUGAUCCUACUCAGAUCGAGCGAGACGCGCUUGACAGAAAGAUUUGAGUUCUGCUUUCAAGAGCUUCUGGCCUAUCUUUCUCGCGAGGCGGUCCUCAAUAUAGCGUUUGGCUUCACCCACACCAUGGGUUCUGGCUAUAGGCCCGGCGAUUGUUACCCAAUUCUUAAGCGGAAACUUCAAGACCUCAAGGUCAACUUUGACUUGGGCUCUCAAACCGCAUACUCAUUUGAUGCGGAUAGCUUUCGAUACCUAGCGGCUCUAUAUCGGAAAGUUCAACUGGUAGUUCCCAUGGUCCAGGUUUCCCAAGAAAUACAGAAGAAUAUUGAGCUCGUUGCCGAUAAACUGAAGGAGCUUAAGGACACGCGUCUGACAGGCGAUGCAUUGCGAAAGAAGCUCCAUAUGGAUAGAAUCGAGUUCUCGGCCAAGAAGCUCGAGAAGCCACGCACGGUCUGUAAGCACAAGGAGUGCUGUGACUACAAGACAAAUUCAGAUGGCGAGAUUGUCGUUAUCUACAACUCCAUCUGUCAUCAGGAUUGCAAUCUUGCGGAUGUCACUGAAGACUGUGUGGGACAUCACGGGCUUAUAAAUUGUCGAGCUUUCAAGAAGAGCAGCAGAGGUCACUGCAGCAACAAGAGUUGCAAGCAUCAUUGGCAAGAGCAUAUGCAUUACCGCUAUGAACUUGAGGAAAAGAAAGCCCGGGUCAAGGACACCGAGGUUGAGCGUCUUCUCAAAGCCAACACCGAUGAUAUAGCAGUGCGCCAAGCAGGGAUACGCAAAUUCCAGGAUCUGCAACAGGAAUACGAACGCGAACAGAAACAGCUACGAAGGGCGGCAGUACGCUUCGUAGUGUAUCUCCAAAGGCACGCAUUCAAGCCUAUCAACGAUGCGACGGAGAAGUACUACCAUCAACUCAUCGAGGUCGAAGAGAGUAAGAUCCAGUUUGGAAAGGACAAAAGAUUGAACGUCGACCCGAGCAUCAAGAAGCUUAAACGCCUGAAGAGGGAUCUAAGUGCAUAUCUCGAGCUUAAUGAAACGAUCAACCGGGAUAUGCAAGAUCCUCGCGGCUCGUCGGACGAGCCACUUGACAAGGACGGCGUCCGGAAGCUGAAGCAUUUUGGGCACAGUUUGAAGAAGAUGAAGAUUGACAUUGGGGCAUGUCAAGAGACUGUUCUUCUCGUGCGGUCGCAUCGCCGGGCGAAGUCUCGGGAGCGAAAGCCUGAGAGGUCCAGUGAUGGAGGGGCUCGGCAUUCAAGAAGGCGGGAAGGGGAGUCUAGUGGGAGCAGAGAUUGGAGGUAA